GUUAAUAUCGUUCAGAUACUUCCCAUGCAGACUCUGAGGGAGGUGCAGAAGCCCACCCCGGGGUGCCGGCUCCAAAGAUCUUUCUGCUCGUGCCUGAUAGAGCCAGAAGCCCGUUCUCCUGAGCUUCAAGAGCUGGUCGAAGUCAAUCUGGAAUUCCAGAAAAGACUGGAGACGCUGCUGAACAGCGAUCGUUUCUUCAAAGACGACUUCGCCGUCGUUCUUCAGCCCUUUCUGAAACACGCCGACCCUCCUCGCCUCCCGGAUGGGAAGAUCGACACGACCUUCUUCACCCACGACUGCUUCCACUUCACCAUCAAGGGGCAUGAGGAGCUGGCUAAGGGACUGUGGAACAACAUGUUUCAGCCUGAGGGGGGAAAGAUGAUUGUGAGCAGCUUCUCUGACCCCAUCAGUCUCAUCUGUCCAUCCAUGGAACACCCGUAUAUCUUCACCAGACCGAUAGCAGCCCAGUCAGACCAGCCUCCUCUGCAGUCUGACGCUCUGUCACGGGCCGCCGUCCUUCUGCUGCUGCUCCUGCUUCUUGUGGGUUUGGCAUGACUUGGAUUCAUGUAGCUUUCCCUUUGAUGGUCUAUUUUACAAGCAUGCCACUGCUCCAUGGGUUUCUGUUGAGGCGAUACAGUGAAUCACCUGCAAAGGGAAACACUAAAAACUUAACAUGUCUGUGGUAGCAGCAUACAGACAGUCACUGCAGUUUUUAAGCUCUCAAACUCCGUAAAUGAUGUGCGACCUAAAUAUUUAAUCUUAAGAGGCAGUUGGAGGUCGCUUGUUGCUGAGAAGCUUUCUCUGGAUGAAACUAUUGCUGCUCGGAGCAGAAAGUUUUCAUUUUGCUCUUGAAUUUGAAUUGUAUUACUUAUGUAAAGUGUAGAUUUUGUAAGAAGCGUAGCAUGAAGUAACAAUUUUGUGACAUUUAUAC